UGAUUGAUCACGUGACUUAGCGCGUCCUUGAUCGUGCGUGGACGGAGCGAAGGACGCUGGGUGAUUCGCGAGUGCUGAAUGAAGUGUUUGGCGUGCCAGAGCGUCCUUUUAAUCGGCAGUAAAUAGACGUUUUUCCAUAGAGAUCGACAUGGCUAAUCCUAAUCUCACGGAUAUGACGGAGGAGGACGCGGCGGAUCUGCAGUUUCCGAAAGACUGUUUAUUGAGUCCAACGGACGAGUCUGAGCAUGCAGACGUAGAGCUCGAGGUGUCAGUCUCGAAGGAUAAAAUUUUCGCCUCAGAUCCCGUAUGCCGCGUGUGCAGGUCCACUCUCGCGGAACCGUACAUUCGUUGUGCCAUGUGCACCGACGUCGAGAUGUGUCCUCCUUGCUUCGCCAGGGGCCGCGAAACCGACGAGCACAAGAACGAUCACGACUACGUGAUCAUAAAAAACGAGUUUCCCCUGAUCGAUGAAAGCGGCUGGGCCGCGAAGCACGAGCUCGAGUUGCUGGACGUUCUGCAGCAGUGCGGCUUCGGUAAUUGGGUGGACGUGGGACGCAGGAUGCACAGCAAGUCCGCCGAGGAGUGCAAGACGCACUAUUUGCAGCAUUACAUAAACAAUCAGGCUCUGCCGGGCCUGCCGAGGUUCGAGGAGAGUGGAGCCAGUUUGUUUGGCUGCGAGCCGAUUCCCUACAUGUAUAAGUUGCAGGAUCUGGAAGAGCCUCCCAGAUUCGCGCCGGAUACAAUUAACGCCAGACUGCUGGCAGGUUAUAACGCGGCCAGGUCCGACUUCGUGGUGAAUUUCGAUAAUCACGCGGAAUCACUGGUGUCCGAUCUCGAUUUCGGCGAGUUUCAACCGGACGACGACGCAUACGAGUUAGGGCGAGCCUUGCAAGUGGCAAUAGUGCAGGCAUAUAACAACAGAUUAAAGGAACGCGCGAGGAGACGGAAAGUUAUACGUGACCACGGGCUAAUCACGUUUCGCAGGGUCAUAACGUCGAUACAGAGAUAUGAGAAUACGAUAAUGAGGCCGUUCGCAGAGAGACUGUUGAUCUUCAUGCAGCUUGUGGACGGGAUAGAAUUUGACUACAUCAUGGAGGGUCUUCACCGCGCCGGCGAGCUGAAAAAUCACAUCAAUAGGUUACUGGAGUUCAGGCGGAACGGGCUCAAGCACUUCUACAGCGUACCCAUGUUCCAAAAGCUCAGUAAAUUGAGACAGGAGAACGAGCGGGAGAGAAAGCAGUAUCUCAACAAUCCGGAGUACAGCUGGAGAUGUCUAUUGCCCGACAGCGUCGCAGCCAGUUGCAGCAGUCCGAUUCUCACGCAACGCAAGACCGCGCCCCCCCUUGCCGUAAAGGGUUUACCGGGAUACGAGAAACUGAACGCCGAUGAGAGAGAGAUCUGCUCCGUCGCGAGACUCGUGCCCAUCAUUUAUUUAGACUUUAAGCAGCUUUUAAUAACGGAAAACAAGAGGAACGGUCAUCUCAGAUUGUCCCAGGCCCGUGCCCUCCUAAAAUGCGACGUGAACAAAACGCGAAAGAUAUACGACUUCCUAGUAGAAAAGGGAUACAUAAACAAGUCAGCAUAAUGAUUAUUUUAAAGCAACAAGUUACAGUACGGAGAUGUAACGCGCGAAUACUGUGAUACUACGAAUUACGUUAUAUCAAAUGGAGUUGGACAUGUACAGAAGAGAUAAUAUAAGGCUUGGCUAUUUCUAAUAAAGUUUUUGUAUGUAGA